UUGUCCAUUAUUAAGAAAAACAGUACUAAGAAAGCAUAUCAGUUUGAUUCCGUAACUUAAAACGGUAAUAACGACGCUGUAUUUUUACCAUUUUAUCACUUAAAAUACUGAGACAUGCAACGUGCUUUCGAGGAACCGCACUGUGCCAUUUCCGUCGGAUCACCUACGCUCGUGGAGUUGCUGACAGACUGCGACAGUUUCCGGAAGGAAGAGUCGAGCUCUGUCGCCAGAAGCGAUGAUCCGGUUCAUAGCAUUAUAGAUGUCGAGGCUUUGCACGUAAAACCCGUGCGUUUUGUCUUAGCCUUUAACAAACUUGAAUACAACGUGACAUUUCGCCGGUGGUUUGAUUUCUCGAGGCCUCGAAGCUCCGAUACAGUGAAGACUCUACUCGAUGAUGUUUCCGGAGAGGCUUGUGAUGGAAACAUCCUCGCCGUUCUCGGCGCAAGCGGAGCCGGAAAGUCAACCUUGAUCGAUGCACUGGCGGGACGUGUUGCGAAGGAGAGUCUCAGAGGCUCUGUGACACUAAACGGGGAGAAUGUUUUGCAGUCGCAACUGUUGAAAGUGAUAUCAGCAUACGUGAUGCAAGACGAUCUUCUCUUCCCGAUGCUCACUGUUAAAGAAACCUUAAUGUUUGCUUCCGAGUUUCGUCUCCCAAGAAGCUUCCCCAAGUCAAAGAAGAUGGAGCGUGUCCAAGCCCUCAUCGACCAGCUAGGCCUCAGAAACGCGGCGGACACAGUUAUAGGAGACGAAGGACACCGUGGCGUCUCCGGUGGAGAGCGGCGACGCGUUUCAAUCGGUAUCGACAUCAUCCACGACCCUAUUGUCUUGUUCCUAGACGAGCCUACGUCGGGGUUGGAUUCCAGCAACGCGUUUAUGGUGGUGCAGGUUCUUAAACGAAUCGCUCAAAGUGGCAGCGUUGUUGUUAUGUCGAUCCAUCAACCAAGCACUCGUAUCAUAGACUUGCUUGAUCGCCUUAUCAUCUUAUCUCGCGGAAAGAAUGUUUUUAGUGGCUCUCCGGCUAGCCUUCCUCGAUUCUUCUCUAACUUGGGACAUACAAUCCCUGAGAAAGAAAACAUCACCGAGUUCGCACUCGAUUUAGUUCGAAAACUAGAAGGAUCCACCGAAGGAACAAGAGAGUUGGUAGAGUUCAAUGAGAAGUGGCAGCAAGACAGUUGUGGACUCAGCCAAUCAGCUCGACCCACCCCACAAGGGUUAUCCUUAAAAGAAGCAAUAAUUGAGAGUGUAUCAAGAGGCAAACUAGUCUCGGGCUCAUCUGGAGCUACUAAUUUCACCUCCAUGGAAACAGUAUCUUCAUACACGAACCCGUCACUAUUCGAAACGUUCAUCCUAGCCAAACGUUACAUGAGAAACUGGAUCCGGAUGCCUGAGCUCCUAGGAACACGGAUCGCCAUCGUUAUGGUCACUGCAUUUCUCUUGGCCACUGUCUACUGGAAGCUGGACAACACUCCGAGAGGUGCACAAGAGAGACUGACUUUCUUCGCAUUUGUCGUGCCCACGACGUUCUACUUAUGUUUAGACAAUGUCCCGGUUUUUAUCCAAGAACGAUACAUUUUCUUGAGAGAGACAACUCGCAAUGCGUACAGAACAUCUUCCUAUGUCAUCUCCCACUCGCUGGUGUCUCUCCCGCAGCUUAUUGCUCCUUCCUUGGUAUUCUCCACGAUAACAUUCUGGACCGUUGGUUUGCGUGGCGGCUUAGAAGGCUACGUCUUCUAUUGCCUCAUUAUCUACGCCUCGUUUUGGUCUGGAUCCUCCGUCGUUACUUUCAUAUCCGGUCUUGUUCCGCAUAUCAUGUUGAGUUACAUGGUCACCAUUGCCUAUGUCGCCUACUGUUUACUCUUGAGUGGCUUUUACGUUGUCCGUGAUCGUAUACCGAGCUACUGGAUUUGGUUUCAUUACAUUUCACCGAUAAAGUAUCCAUACGAAGCAGUGUUAAUCAAUGAGUUUGAUGACCCGUCUCGUUGCUUUGUCAAGGGAGUCCAAGUAUUCGAGGGUACCCUUCUCGGAGGAGUUAGCGAUAUGAAAAAGGUGGAGCUUCUUGAAACUCUAAGUAGAUCUCUAAGCACUAGGAUAACACAGUCCACGUGCUUGAGGACGGGGCCUGGCUUUCUUUCACAGCAAGGUAUUCCUCAACUGAGUAAGUGGGAUUGCUUGUGGAUCACGUUAGCUUCGGGGCUCUUCUUUAGGAUCUUGUUUUACUUCGCGUUGCUGUUCGGGAGCAAAAAUAAGAGGACGUGAAAGUAGUCGCCAUAAAAAUAUUUAAAUAAGGCUUGAAACUUCAAAGUGUAUUAGAUUCUCGCUUGUUGUAGUUUUGAGCUAUUCUAAAAUACGGUGAAUACGCUGCUUAAACGUUGAACGAAGGUUCACUUAUCGAAUUUUACUAUUCGGAUUAUCUUUUCUUUUUCCAAACAAUUAUGAUUAUCACUACGUUCAAAAUCUUACUUCAAUCAAUAUAUUUUGUUCUCGAUAUCUUACUUCAAUCGAAGUUUGAUGAUUAUCAUGCCUCUUUAUAUAUAAAGGAAACACUAAAGUUAAAGAUCUACAAAUCUAAAACUUUCAUUUUCUUCUUCAAGUAAUAAGUCAAUCUCUUUUUAGUGAAAAGGCACACUUCUUCUCUGCAAUGACUUUCCUCAAGUUGCUCCAUAGUAAAAUUUCCUUUUAUUUAAUCGCACUUUGAUGAAAACUUCAGUUGGCUCCAUGUCACAUUGUUUCUUCAAGCUGUAAUUCAUGUUGUGCUUCAUGAACUAUUUCACCUUUGCUCGGAUCAUACAUCUUCAAUCUCUCCCUCUUUAAUGUGUGCGUCUCAAAAGUGCCUGAGAUGUUAACAAUCAACACGCAUACACAUGCAUCUGUCAGAUUUUGUUUCGUGACACGGGUUUUCAAAACUAAUUGAACAUUUCUUUAAUCUCACUUAUUUACGAUCAAUUCCUCCACUUUGAAUUACUCUCAUCUCAGCUACUAGAAUGCUCACCAAUCAGUCAAUGACACAAUUAGUUUCGUUACACUUGAAGCAAAAGCAAUUGGCUUUGGAUUAUUACUUUGGUUUCGCCAUCGAACCCAUACAACGAUCCAAGGGGAAAAAAAUAAUACAGAGAGUUACUUUACUUAGACAAUGUCUCUAACACUCAUUUUUCGCAAGUAAAAGAAAGAAGCACAUAUAGUCAUAUAGGUUGCAGAAAGUACGGCAUAUAGCAAAACAGCUAUAGUGGAGGGUAGAAGUAGGAAGAGACUGAAAAGCCAAG